AUGACGGUAUUGUCUCCGGUAGAGGCUCAUGAACACCACAUGGACAAUAUAGAGGAAGGGCAGUUCAUUUCUCCCGAUCCCAUAGACUCGAUACUAUGGACACAUAUAUUAAUCCAGACCUUCGCCUGGGGAAUACUGUUCCCUACAGGAAUGGUUCUCGGAAUUAUCCGAUCACGAUGGCACGUUCCCGUACAGGCACUCGGAACCUGCCUUGCUAUCCUGGGCUAUAUCCUUGGCCACUCCCACAAAGGCCGACAAUUCACCUCGAACAUCCACGGCGCCUUCGCCCCGAGCCUCAUGCUAAUGCUCUUCCUCCAAAUCGGUCUGGGGAUAUACCUCAGACUGCACCUCGAACGCGGUUUCCACGGGCGGAUACGGCGCUAUUUUGUCACAGUGCACGGCAUCAUCGGGAAAAUAAUCCCGGUCGCCGCAUGGGUCCAGAUGAUAUUUGGCGGGAUUACUGCGUUAGGGUUCUGCAGGGACGAUCAUCUGGGUCAAUGUUUAGCGCACUUCAUUAUGGGGAGCGCAUUCAUCGCCUACGGAAUCAUCUUGACGAUAUUGCUCCUGGUCGGACAGCUCUGGCUGCGGAGGACCGGACGCAGUCAGGAGUUCUUCGACUCAUCGAUCAUCGCGGCGUGGGGAUGCGUGAACACGUUCACAGAGCACCGCUGGGGUCAGGAAUGGGUGCACAACGACCUACAACACACGUCGAUGGGCAUCGUGUGGUGGUGUGCCGGCCUACUAGGGAUGUGGAUGAGCCGAUCCCGUGGUGGUCAGGCGAAGCGGAAUAUCAUUCCGAGCAUCGUCCUCCUCAUGACGGGGUGGGCGAUGUCGUCGCAUCCACAACACUUGCCCAUUUCGGCGAUGACGCAUACCAUGUUUGGGUACACGCUGAUGGGCGCCGGAGUGACUCGACUAAUUGAGAUAUCGUUCGUUUUGAGGGAUCAGGAUUCGCUAUCGGCCGAUGGAGAGGUGACCAACAGCUUCCAAUAUCUUCCGCCAUUCCUAUUAUGUGCCGCUGGUUUUCUCUUCAUGGGCGCCACCGAGGAGCAAAUGCAAAUGCUUGCGGCCGCGAACGUCGACCAUGUCUCAUACGUGCUGAUACUCUAUAGUAUUGCAUUCCUCAUGUUCCUUUUUGUGAACAUGCUUCUCCAUCUAGUAGCCACCUCUAAUGCGUCAAAAAAGCCCGAUGUAUCUCCAACCCGGUUAAAUAGCAUCCCAAAUGGACACACGGACCGCAGCCUCAGGGACGCGGAAGAGUUUGAACUAGAAGGGUUGAUGUCCGAUGACGAUGAACCAGAUGCGACCACUUCGGGGACGGCGAAGGAGAAUCGCGUUCAUGAAUGA